AUGUGGAAAAGAAAGGGAGGGAGCAAACGGGCUCCUCCUCCUCCGGAAGACGGCCAAGGCUCCACAUCCGCUUCCGCAUCCGGAAUCGCCGCAACCCCGGGAUCCGCUCUACACGCCGCCUCGGCCCCUCCCUUGUCCCACAGUACCGCGCUCUCCGAUCCGGAUCUUUCCGUCCCAGCCGGCAUCGCCAUGGGUAUCAAUCUUGCCCUCCCGCCUGAAACCCCGAUUCCAUCAUCCUUCCCGACCCAAGACGCAUGUCUAGCGCAUCUUCGCCUCUUAACAGCCUUCAACCGCCUCAAGACGGAAACAGGGUACCGCGAUGGUCUGUGGGAUAUUUGGGAUGGGCGGGCCGGUACCACCAUUACUCCCAUGAAACACACCGAAACACGGAAUUGCGAUGGUGACAGCAGCGGCACGAAGAGCGAAGAACACAACCACAAGACCACCAAGAGAGCACCAAUGGAUCCGGACACUGGAAUCAAACCUGAACUCGACCUGGAUAUCUUGAUCAGACUCCGCGAAAAGAGGUGGGCAAUCUACCUCAGCCGCGCGGUAGACCGCUACGCAGCAUGGUGGCGGAGUUUCGGCCCAGACAUGCUCCUCGAGAGCGACAUGCUAGUCAUCGGGUCCAAACCUAGUCAGUCGUUAUCCUCGUCUAAUGGAGGAGAUCCAGCCGAGUGUCAAAGCAAGGGCCAAGACGAAGCCGAGCAUGAGACUGGGGAGAGCAGACAGCAUCGGAGCCGGGCCCGGUAUGAAGGGUUCCCCGAGUCGAAGCCGAUGGUUUGGCGCGAGGAGAUGCUGCCACCUCUAGAUGUGCUACUCGUCUGGCACGCGCAUAUGCUCAACCCGAGACUCUACCUUGAGGACUGCCUCCGCUACGGUCACAGCUCCCUCUGGGCAGCAGGAAUCCCCUGGUCCAUUGUCAACGCUGCCAUCAUCAGCCAAAGUUUUGAAUACGUCGUCUCGGACGCGUGCAAAGCACAUUGGGAAGCGGACACGAACCUCGCCUGGUACAACGAAGACGAUCCUGACGCCAAAGAUGUACCGUGCCCUGCGUGUUCUACCUUGGCUUCCAUCCCGUGGACGACGUGUGGAGUGUCGCGGGGCGAUUCAAGUGCAAAACAACUCGACAUCGUAGGCCAAGGCCUCGCCGACGGGCGACUAGCCCACGCCUGCCCCUCGUGCGGACUCAUGAUGACCCACGAAUCUCUCCGGGCAGCAAAACUUCGCGACGACAUCCAGGCUUCGAUACAAUCCAACCACGCCAUGCCGGGAACAACCCUCGACCUCGAUACAGGUCUACCCAACCCUUUACAAUACGGCUCAGACGAUAUGUCAGGGGAAUGCCCAGACCGGCUCUUCCCCGCCCGCCUGGCCCGUCGCGGGCUCUCGGAACACAUCCUCGAGAUGUUCAAGCCCAGGAACAAAACUGCCCCGAGCAUUAUGGCCGCGCGAGAUGCCAUGGAAGAGAGCUUUACAGGUAAAUUUGCAGAUCCCAAGAACUUACGUGAGGUGAUGAGCCGGCCCGGCCAAGAAAAUGUGACGGCCUUCCGUCUGAGUCUAGACGCAAAACGGCAGACGAGAAAGAUGAUGUCGCGUUACUGGGAGAACUCGUCGCCUUUCUCCAUUGACCUCGUAGGAUGUGUGAUGCGCCAAGCAACCUUUACUGAAAAGAUGUGCAAACUCAACUGGUUGCACUAUCCUACAGCGCGGGAUAUCAUGGGAAAACUUUUAGAAAAGUACGCCCGAUUCGUCGAGAUCAUCGCUAUUGCCUCGUCCACAGAGGACAAAGUUGCCGUCCCGACACUUGACGUCGACCUCGCGUGGCACACGCACCAGCUCUCUCCCCAGUCCUAUUUUGUCUUCACACUCGCAAAGACGGGGGCCUUUGUAGAUCACAAUGACAAAGUUGACGAGGAUCGACUAAGCACAGCCUUUGAGUGGACAAGUAAGACAUACCAGGAAAAGUACGGCGAGAUCUACUCGGAGUGCAAAUGCUGGUACUGCGAAACCGUCAGGGUGAUGGCCUUGCCCACGACCAAGAUGUUCGGAAUAGGCAAGGAGGAAAAGCUUCUCGAAGCAUGGCAUGCAGCCUCCAAGGCCAACAAUAUGCCCAUGCCGCCAGCCGCCGAGUCUGCGCAUAUCUCGUCGCAUCCGGCGGUGCACACCAACGAGACGACAGCGCAGCGGACAGCGACACGUCCAUUGCGUUCUGGGUUCAGGAAUAGACUGGAAGAAGCGCAUUCCAAGGCGCGCAAGAGGGCAAGCGAGACUUUCAAGGUGGACUCUGGCAAGCGCAUGGGACCUCGCGGUGAAGAUAAGACGUCAUUCUGGGGGAAAGAUAUCGCCGUGGACGGACCUUGGGCAUCGGUCGUGGCCGCCGUGACGACGAGCACCCUGUAUCCCGCUGGGCCAGGCUUCGUGAACAUGGGCCCCGGAGCUGUAGGCAGCUGCGCAACGGGAACGUGUGGAGGAGCUACUGGCUGCGGCUCCGAGCUGCUGGGCAUGUGCUCGGCAGGGUGUGUCGGGAGUGCCUGGUUUGGCGGAAAGGCCGGAUGUACAGGUAUGGGUGAAGGCGGAUUUGACUUCUGA